AUGGCAAAGAUUAAAACAGUUGAAUACUUUCGUUUGCCACCAAGAUGGCUCUUUGUUAAGAUAACAGAUGAAGAUGGCGGGGUAGGGUGGGGUGAGGGGUCAUUGGAGGGACAUACUGAGGCAGUUGAAGGUUGUCUCGAUGCCUACACGACUCGCAUUGUGGGUAUGGAAGCUGAUGACAUUGAGCAUAUCUGGCAAUUGCUUUAUCGAUUCGGGUUCUAUCGUGGAGGGCCGGUAAUGAUGAGUGCCUUGUCUGGUAUUGACAUUGCUUUGUGGGAUCUGAAGGCCAGGAAGCUAGGAGUGCCAAUCCAUCAACUUCUUGGCGGCAAUCUUAGGAGUAAAUUGAAGGUGUAUGCUUGGAUUGGAGGCGACCGUCCAGAUGAUGUCGAGAUCCAGGCCAAAGGCAGACAAGACCAAGGCUUCCUGGCGGUAAAAAUGAAUGCUACGGAAGAUGUGGGAUGGAUGGACACACCGUCUGCUCUAGAUUCUUGCGUAGAGCGAUUGAAAGCCGUGAAGAGCCUAGGUAUGGAUGCUGGUAUCGAUUUCCAUGGCCGGAUCCACAAACCGAUGGCGAAGCAGUUAGCCAAACUCUUAGAGCCUCACCGGCCGAUGUUCAUCGAAGAGCCACUCUUGUCCGAGAACAUUGAGGGUAUCAAGAACCUCUCACAGCACACCUCAACUCCCAUCGCCCUAGGCGAGAGACUCCACAGCCGCUGGGACGUAAAGCCAUAUCUCGAAUCUGGCGCAGUAGAUAUCCUGCAGCCAGAUGUUUGUCAUGUGGGUGGCAUAUCAGAGCUUAGACGAAUUGCAACAAUGUGCGAAACGUAUGAUGUUGCGUUGGCUCCGCACUGCCCACUAGGGCCUAUUGCUCUUGCUGCUUGUGUCCAGGUUGAUGCUUGCAGUGCCAACUUCGCCAUCCAGGAGAUGAGUCUCGGUAUACACUAUAACGCAGGGACACAGGAUUUGACCAGUUACACAAAGAAUCCCGAGGUUUGGAAUGUGAAGAAUGGGUAUAUUGAAUUGCUGACUGGACCUGGAUUGGGAAUCGAGAUUGACGAAGAACAAGUUCGACGAUUAUCAGCUGGAACUGAGCCAUGGGUGUCUCCUGGGUUCUUUGGUCCUGGAGGAGAAGUAAGAGAAUGGUAG